AUGAUGUAUCAUCCCACCCGUUGUGCUAUCAAGGCACACUUUAGGUCGAGGGUAAUCGCCGGCUUGCUGCUAUUAACGAUCGUCUGGGGUGGUGUCCAAGGACAAGCUACGACGAAUACAACGAAUGAUGAUAACGGAGUUGGUCAUUCUCGUUCUGCUGGAUGGGGACUGGAAUGCAAUGGACUCGACCAGUGGGCAACGCUCCCGAUUAAAGAACUUCCCGACAGCGCCUGGACGUUUGAAGCUUGGAUCCAAUUGCCCAAGAGCAUUGCAGGCUCCAUUUUGACCAUUACGGCGGACGAGACAGACAGUAGUCUGAUGCAAUUGCUAACAAGCUUUAUAUCGACCGAUGACGACGAGGGUGGCAAUACAUUGGCACCCAGUCUCUUUGCCAUGAACCUAGUCUUUGAUCGAAACUACGAGAAGAAUCAAUACAUUGACGUUGGAGGACGGUAUCAUCAUGUGGCAGUGGUGGUGGAAGAAUCGACCAAUAAUGAAGAUGAUGUUACUUCCAUUAGUGUAACUUCCUAUUGGGACGGAGAACCCUGGGUGAACGGAUCAUCCAUUGUCCAGAAGAGCAAGGAACAUAAUAAUCAAGGCGUUGACGGUGGCGGCGUCCUGCUUUCGUCUUCUGUUGGAUCUGCGACGAUUCAACUUUGUCAUUGGAUCAAGAUCGGAUCCUAUUCCACUACCAGGGAACGAUUCGGGAGCGUGGUUUUACACGAUGUACGCUUUUGGGGCAAGGCUCGAACUCGUGAUGAAAUUCUCUCCAGUAUGACCGACCCAACACUGGCUACCGAUAAUGAGACUCAUGCACUUUUGCAUUGGUGGAAGAUGGAUGAAGGAGGAGGACUGGCCAUUUUGGAUUCCGUUCAAGGCAGCGAUGGAAGCUUGGCCAAUCGUCGACAGUACACCAAUCAAAGGCCCACCUGGGUGGCUUCCAAAGCCCCAGCGGAACAUGCAAACUUCACAGCAAUAUUAGGAGUCACAAGUCAGCCUGUUCCAUUAGCUCACUGGGAUGGGUCGGCCACAGAACCGUCCGUCUAUGAAUCUGACGUCCCGAUCACUACACAAAUUCCGUACACCGCUGUGGAGACCGGCCAGCAGGGCAUCUUUGAUAUUCAUAUUCGUCAGAAACCCACACCUAUUGCCGGCAAUAACAAGUGGUUGCGCCUGAAUGGACAGGAUGCCUACGGUCUCGCCAACAACUUUGAUCUGCCUCCCUCUUUCUCCAUUGAUCUAUGGCUGCAUCCCUUUUCACUGCCCCCCAGGGGCUGGACAGACUUCUCUUCCAAACACUCGGCAGUUGCCAAGAAUCUCUUCCUGUGGGAGGUGACUCUCACAUUGGAUGACGACGGAAUCUUGCAGCCAACCAUGUACGUUCGCAUCGGACAAGAUGCAUUUUACGGCGGUGUCUUCAGCUUUGAACCCCAUCACUUGGCUCUGACUGCGAGAGCUGACCUCGACAAUAACACAACACUCGCGACUUUGUACGUGAAUGCCGAGCAGGUCUUUCAAACGACACUGAAUGACAUUUGGCAGUACAACGACCCAACGAACCUGCCUUGGACUAUGGGCCAAGACUUUGACAAUCGCGACGGGGUGGUUCCUUCUGAUUUUUGGCAUGGAUCCAUUGACGAGUAUCGUUUUUGGAGUAGAGAUUUAGCAAAAGGAGAGGUCCAGCAUAGUAUGUACAAUGCCAUUGACCAUGGUCCCCAAUAUCCUGACUUGCUGAAAUCCUACAGCUAUGACAAUGAAAAUGUAGAUGAUGAUUACACGUUACAUGGAAGAGCCAAGAUUGGUCCUUGUGAAGUUGGUUUUCAAGCUCGCCCAUUUGUCGUGCAGGUCGAAGAAGGUUCGAGUAUCACAUUUGAUCUCCCAUACUUUGACGCAGAAGAUGCCGCCGUGAGCUUUGAUCUCGUCGAAACUCCUACCCAAGGGACAACCGUCCUGAACCCAGAUGGCACAUUUUCAUACACAGCUUUAGAGGAAGGUCACAACAUCGUUACCUCCAAGUACAAAGUCACAGAUGAGUAUGGCCAAGAAGGUAAUCAUCUGGGGUUGUUGGAAAUCGAGGUACUCCGACAUGCACCAUUCAUCACAUCCUUGAUAGCGACAGGAAAAGGACAAGGCUACGGAAGUGGAAGCGAAGUGGAGAUUUCGUGGUCUGAAGCUACCAAUAUGGCAAACAUUACAGCUGAAGACGACAACACUGUGAACUUUUCGCCGCCUAUUGCCAAAAGCUUUUCGUUCAAAUGGAAGGAUGAAACAACUCUUGUCGCAGUUAUUUUGGAACCAAUCGAGCUUGAAGGUGACCCAACAGGAGAAAGCCUCCUUGACAGUACCACUGUAACCAUGACUGGUGGUAUCAAGGCCAAAGAUGAAUGUUCUGUUUCUGUCAAUUCUACUAGUCCAGAGCUCACAGGGACGUGGGGCGAUGGUGGCGAUGAGGGCCUGUCAACGGGAGCGUUGGCGGGUAUCAUUGUGGCAGCUAUUGUUACUUUAUCUUGCUUUGUCGGAGGCUUCGUUUACGUUUCUUUUUUCAUGCUUCGAGCAACUGGAUAUGCACCCAAGCCAACGGCCAAGCCUGUUCCAAUUUCAAUCCUCUUCACCGACAUUGAAAGCAGUACAAAACUUUGGAGUCAGAACCCUGAUUGGAUGAGCCGUGCAUUGGAGAUCCACCACAGGGAAAUAAGAAGAAGCAUCCGCCAGAACAAGGGGUACGAGGUGAAAACAAUCGGUGACGCAUUCAUGGUGGCCGUUUCAGAUCCUGCGAAUGCUUUGAAGUUGGGUUUGGAUAUACAAAAUCGUAUGCACGAGCAUUUCGGGGAUGCCGAGAAAGACAGAAAGAGGAGUAUGAUGAACUUGGUGGCUGGUGAUGAGAGACCAGAGAUCAAGAUUCGAAUUGGUAUCCACCAUGGUCCUUGCGACAUUACUUUUGAUCCGAUCGCGAAAGGAUAUGACUAUUACGGAACAGCUGUGAACACCGCAAGUCGAGUGGAAGAUGCUGGCCAUGGUGGCCAAAUCGUUAUCACUGAAGCUUUGUACGAAGCUGUGAAAGAUGAUCUGAAUGGUGCACUUGUUAGAGACUUAGGAAUGAACCCACUUCGUGGUGUAGGUGAUGUGCACCUAUACGACGUUGUCCCGGCUCGCCUCAAGGGCAUUCAAUUCCCACCUCUCCGUCUGGAAAGCAAGGCCGUCAGCCCACCAAAAAUGGACGGACCCGAUGCGUCGGCGGGAUUUUCACUUGAGGAAGUUGAAUCGCAGUUGGCCUUUAGGGUCUCCGACCCUCGAAUUGAGGAUGGUUGGUUAAGAAAAGAGAUUCGAGCCAUGCGCAUCGUUCGCAGCCACCAAGUUUCAGAAGAAACUCUCUUUGACUUUGUUGAGCCCAUUCUUGUCGUUUUUGAGCUCAUGUUUUCCAUCAGUGGCACAGCGUCAGCCGCAACUCAGCUGAUUCAGAAAUGGAGAAUUCGAACAGAAGAAAGUGACCUGCUCAAAGACAAAAUUGACAAGUUGGCAUUUAAACUUGCUAUUACUGCCAGGCAGCGUCUCGAGGAUCGAGGGAAAAGCAUCAAGCCGUUUGUGAGCGCCAAACUGAGAGCUUCCGUCAACUAA